CAAUUACUCAUUAAUCCCUCUUUUAUCACCUUCUUCGCUCUCCCAUUGGGUCAAUAGUCCACAAGAAAGAGAAAGAGGAGGGAGGGCAAAACCCCAGCAGGACGCACAGCUAGUUCCCCCACCGCACCGCACCGCCCCCUGCCUCCUCCCACCCUUGGACUCCGCGGCGGCGAUGGCCAGUGCUGGCGACGACCCACCGCCGCCCCGCCUUCUCUCCAUCCCCAAGGAGGGCGAGCGGAUCCUCGCGCCCACCCGGAGGCCCGACGGCACCCUCCGCAAGCCCAUCCGCAUCCGCGCCGGUUACGUCCCCCAGGACGAGGUCGCCAUCUACCAGUCCAAGGGCGUGCUCUUGAGGAAAGCGAGCGAGCCCGAGGUGCCACCGGGGUACGAUCCAGCGCUGGCUGAGAAACCGAAGACCAAAUCGGCAAAGAGGAAUGAGAGGAAGAAGGAGAAGCGGCAUCAGGCUGCUCUUGAAAAGGAAAAGACCUUGGAUACAGAACAAGCCGAGGUAAUAAAAACUGAACCGGUUCCUUCUGCCGAAAGUAUUGCUCAAGGAGAGGAAUCCGUGGAAUUAGUUACAGAUCAGAUAAGUAGGAUAUCUGUCUCUGCAACACCAGUGGUGGUCAGCCCUUCCACUGAUACAGUGGAGAUUCCCAAAGCCGAGUCUUCUGGUGUGGAUUUAGAUAAAAGAAUUCGAGCACUAAAAAAGAAGAUACGACUCGCAGAAGCACAGCUACAGGGUGACCAGCAAAGCAUGAAGCCUGAGCAAGUGGAGAAGAUGAGAAAAAUGGAUGGGUGGCGUGAGGAACUUAAACUCUUGGAGGACCGAAAGUGUUCUUGGGUGUUCUCUUAUGUGGGCUGCACAAUCUUCUCUAAUUGUGGGUGUGCUGAACCGACACCAAAACCUGUAGCAUUUGGGUAGGCAAUUUACGUUGUUCGUGUGUGCCCUCGAGCUUUGUAGUUAUCAUGUUUUAUGUAUCGGUGAAUCCUUCAUCUGGAAGUACUGAUACCGCCAUGGAGUUUCUCCUUUCAGUGUCAAUGGUUAUCAUCAUCAUUGUUGGAAACUUCUUUUUCUACUUUUGGGAUAUUAAGAAUCCCUUGUUUGAUGAA